UAGUUUACGUUAAUCGGUUGGAGUGACAAAGAGAACGAGCACAGACCGACGGAGAAGAAAUAAAAAAAAGGAAAUUUCUGAAUUACCGUGGGGAUUCUGAUCACCGUUUCCUUUAGGAACCGCACUUUUUGGCUCGUUUCUUGAACUACCCGUGUGUAUAUUGGAUUUCUUAUUACGUCGUCCGUGUGCAUGGAGUUAAGUGGGUCGGAACGGCCGAGGAUAUCAGUCUUGAAAUUGGGCAAUUGGAAAAUUCUCAUUCGUUUCGUUGGUUAGAGCAAGGAAGCCGCCAUGGCUGGUGCUACUGGAUCGUUGAGUCUCCACCUCAGUAUAUGAAAAAUACUGCAUGGUGAUGAAAAACCACUCCAGUUUCUCAGCGAUUUGAGGGUAUAUUAGGGAAAACGGACUAUGUUCUUUGUGUAAAUCUCUGUCCCAGCCAGAGAAAGAGAGAGAGAGAGACGAGGAUCGGUGGGGUUCGAGGGAAACUGGGAAAAGGCCAAUUUCAUGAGCACCUUCAUUCAUGAGCGAAUUCAUCCGAGGUUUCAUCACGGAAGAUAAUAGUAACAGUCAAAGAAAAAACGAUCCGGUGGAAAAUGUUCUGAAAGCGAGACGGUUGAAAGCUCACUGAAGAAAAACCAUAGCGAAGGAACCCCGGACAGUCGAGAGUCGAAAUUUUUCCUCAUUAUUUAAGUAGGAGAUAAACUGGUUCCAGUGGGUCGAAAAACGGAUUCGUUCAAGACAAACAAGCGUAUAUUACUCUGAGAGACGCGUGGGAUUUCGGAUUGGAAAAUGUCCGGUCGGCCUAGAACCACCUCCUUCGCCGAGAGCUGCAAGCCCGUGCCGCAGCCCUCGGCUUUCGGCAGCAUGAAAGUCAGCAGAGAUAAAGAUGGCAGUAAAGUGACCACAGUGGUGGCGACCCCUGGACAGGGACCUGACCGGCCGCAGGAGGUCAGCUACACUGACACCAAGGUCAUUGGUAACGGCUCUUUUGGCGUGGUCUAUCAGGCCAAGCUCUGUGACUCAGGAGAAUUGGUGGCCAUUAAGAAGGUCCUUCAGGAUAAGCGAUUUAAGAACCGUGAGCUUCAGAUCAUGAGGAAACUGGACCACUGCAACAUUGUGCGUCUGCGUUACUUCUUCUACUCCAGUGGAGAUAAGAAGGAUGAGGUGUAUCUGAAUUUGGUUCUGGACUACGUCCCUGAGACCGUGUACAGAGUGGCGAGACACUACAGCCGCGCUAAGCAGACCCUUCCCAUGGUUUAUGUCAAGUUGUACAUGUACCAGCUCUUCAGGAGUCUGGCCUACAUCCAUUCCUUUGGGAUCUGCCAUCGGGACAUAAAACCCCAGAAUCUUUUGCUGGACCCAGACACAGCCGUGCUUAAACUCUGUGACUUUGGCAGUGCUAAGCAGUUAGUACGUGGAGAGCCCAACGUUUCCUACAUAUGCUCACGGUACUACAGAGCCCCUGAACUCAUCUUUGGAGCAACCGACUACACCUCCAGCAUAGAUGUGUGGUCAGCUGGCUGCGUGCUGGCGGAACUGUUGCUAGGACAACCGAUUUUCCCCGGCGACAGUGGAGUAGAUCAGCUGGUGGAAAUCAUCAAGGUGCUUGGCACUCCCACACGUGAGCAGAUUCGGGAAAUGAACCCAAACUACACCGAGUUCAAAUUCCCCCAGAUUAAGGCCCAUCCAUGGACUAAGGUGAGUAAACAGGUGUUCCGGCCACGCACGCCUCCGGAAGCCAUUGCAUUAUGUUCCCGGCUGCUGGAGUACACACCAACCGCUCGACUGACCCCACUAGAGGCCUGCGCUCAUUCCUUCUUCGAUGAACUGCGGGAUCCAAACGUCAAGCUUCCUAACGGGCGCGAGAAACCGUCCUUAUUCAACUUCACAACUCAAGAGCUGUCCAGUAACCCAUCCCUGGCCUCUAUCCUAAUUCCCGCUCAUGCACGUAACCAGGCAGGAGCUUCUACUCCCACCAACACCUCUACCACUUCAGAUGCCAAUAGUGAUCGCAGUCAGACCACAACUGCAGCCUCUGCCUCCGCCUCCAACACCUCAACCUGAGAGCCCCAGCCAAUCAGAACUGACCCUGCCUCCAGGGCCACGCCCACCCCACUGCUCACCAGCUUAUUGGGCAGGAUUUGAGUCAUGUAACCACCACUCUUAUUCAGACUGCAAGAGCCAACCUUCAUUUACGUCUUUUUUUUAACGAAGUUCAGAAAGAGUUCAAAAUGAUACUUGGAAAAGCCUUGUCGGGUGUAAUUCACGAGAGCGACAGAGACAGAGAAAUCAGUGAGGAUACGGUUGGGAGGGGGAGGGGGGGGGGGUUAAACCAUAAAACCAUAAAACCUGGUCUGUGACCAGCCGGAACUUUUUUUUUUUUUUUCUCAGAGGACAAUCUUGUUAUAUAAGCAAUCCGGUAGCCAGAUCCAUCCACUUCCGUUUCCAUUUGGACUCCCCUUCUCUCACCUGGACUGUCUCUAGCUACACGUUCGGUCCCUUUCUACUUUUCUGGGUCUCUUAUAGCGCAUGGCUACCCAAUAUAUAUAUAUAUAUAUAUAUAUGUAUAUAUGUAUGUAUUGGGUGAA